AACUCAGAACUGCAGGGAUCAUACAUAUUGCAUUUGAAAUUGUGUAAUUAUUCCAUACUGCAGAAAAUGUACUAUAAUCCAUAGUGAAGUUACAUACAAUGUUAACCUUCUUUAUUUCCAGUCCCCCCUCGAAUGACAGAGAAUCCAUGAUUGCAAUAUGGCGGUAGUUUCGCACGGCUAAGUACUGUGUAGUACUGUCAUUGUCAUGCUUGUUGUUUGGUGAAAUUACAAUUCUGGCACGAAAUUUUAGAACGUAGUUGCUAAACCUGCAGAUCGUUAAAAAAUGAGUAAUAUUUACAUACACGAGCCUCCGACAAAUGGAAAGGUCCUACUGAAGACUACUGCAGGAGAUAUUGAUAUUGAACUGUGGUCAAAGGAGGCACCAAAAGCGUGUAGAAACUUCAUUCAGUUAUGCAUGGAAGGUUACUAUGAUGGCACCAUUUUUCACAGAGUUGUACCUGGUUUUAUUGUUCAAGGAGGUGAUCCAACUGGCACUGGUUCAGGUGGUGAAUCAAUAUAUGGACGCCCAUUUAAGGAUGAGCUCCAUUCUCGUCUACGUUUCAAUCGAAGAGGACUAGUUGCCAUGGCAAAUGCUGGACCCCAUGAUAAUGGCAGUCAAUUUUUUUUUACAUUGGGACGUGCCGAUGAACUUAAUAAUAAGCACACAAUCUUUGGAAAGAUUACAGGUGAUACAGUAUACAAUAUGCUUCGACUAUCUGAAGUAGAAGUGGAUAAAGAUGAUCGUCCUGUUAAUCCACAUAGGAUUCGACAUUGUGAGAUUCUGUAUAAUCCAUUUGAAGACAUCAUUCCAAGAUCAAACAGAAGGCAUAAAAGGGAUAAAAAGGAGGAAGAAAUAAAGAAAUUCCAGUCCAAAGGCACAAAGAAUUUUAGUUUGCUUUCAUUUGGAGAGGAAGCAGAGGAGGAGGAGGAGGAAGUUAACCGAGUUAGUCAGAGCAUGAAAGGAAAAAGUAAAAGCAGUCAUGAUUUGCUGAAGGAUGAUCCAAGGUUAAGCUCUAUUCCGGUUGUUGAAAGUGAUCAAGUAACAAAAAAGACCAAGAGGGAGUCUGAUGAGGAAGACAGUUAUGAACCUGACAGUGAAGACAAAGAUAAAAUAAGCGAAUUGGUUGCAAAAAAACUGAAAAAAGAGAAGCCUGAAGAGACUAAAAUAAUUAUAAAAGAAGAAGAGAAGGAGAGAGACAAAGAGAAAGAGCGAGAGAAAGAUACUGAAAAGAAACCAUCACGCAGUGAGGAACUGCGCAAAGAAGCCCGUCAGCUAAAACGUGAGCUACUUGCAGCCCAACAGAAAAAGGAAGAAAAUGUUAAAGUAGAUGCUGAAGCAGUAGUAGCCACUUCAGCAGCAGCAUUAGAAGUAGCUGCUGCAAGUACUACAACAACUGAGGCACCAGUGGUUGCAGCAGCAGAUGAAAAAGAAGAGGAGAAGGAGGAAGAAGCAGCAGCAGAAGAAGAAAAUGAUACAGGCGAGAAAGAAAAGGCUCCACUUAGUGCAAUUGAAGAAUAUUUUCACGAAAGAAAAAAAUAUGAAGAAGUGAAAAAGCAUUCCCUUAAAAAAGGAACCUCUCGAGAGGAACAGACACUGGCACUGCUGGACCGAUUCAAGUCUAAGCUUGUACAGGCAAUUACUGAGAUACCCCCUAAAGAAGCUGAUGAGGUAGAUACAGAGAAUGAUGAAGGAUGGUUAUCUCAUGUUCUUCAGUUCGAGGACCAGUCCAGGAAAGUUAAAGAUGCAGCUAUGCAGGAUGAAGACACCUUUGAGAUUUAUGACCCUCGUAACCCUGUGAACAAGAGACGACGAGAAGAAAGCAAGAAAAUCAUGAAAGAGAAGAAAGAAAAACGAUGAUUUAAUGCUUUAUAAAGUCCAAGGAUAGGAGCACAAAUCAAAUAGUGUUUGUUAAAAUACAUGCCAAGGCAGUGGCAUCAAUCUGCACUCAUCCUCAAGUUGUCUUGGACUAUCCAGUGUACUGGGUUAAACUACCACACACUUUUAAACGCAUCUACGUAUUGUCUGGAUUAUUUCAACAUGUUGAUCGAUUUGUAUUAUAACUAAGCAUGUUUUACAGCUCUUAAACUAGCAGCUGGCCUGUCUAGGUUUAUGCUUAUUACAUUACCCUUACAUUAGAAUCAUAUAAAAGAACCAUUCAAGAGUUGCAAGAUCCCAGUAUGAGUUGUCUAGUGGGAGACAUAGAUGAAGCAUUCACCUGUCACAUGAAAAGCUGUUAUUGCCUUGUUUUUUAUUUCUGAUCAUUAUUUUAGACCAUGGUUAACUUGUUCUUAAGAGUUGUUUAGUAUUU